AUGAAAACCUUCCCUUUUGGUCACGUUGAUGUAGAGGAGGGCACUGUCAACUUCAUACACAUGCGCCCACACCGAAAUGUGGUAUCUAUUCACAAAGUAAUCCAGAGCUACAGGGGAUACGGGUUAAUUGUUCAAGAGCGAUGUGAUUUUAGUCUGCAGAAUCUCAUCGUCGCACUCCGCCCUUCUUCUGAUUUCGAUAUGAUGCCUGGUGAUGCACCCGCAGUGGUUGUUCACAAAAAGAAGCUUUCAUCUCUCAAGGAUAGGAUGCGGAAGUUUGAGUUGUGGACAGCUAAUGGUCAUCCCUCGCAGACGUUGUUGAAACUAAUGGAGGAUGUGGCAUUAGGACUGGAUCACUUGCAUAAGUCUGGUAGAGUUCAUGGAGACUUGAGACCUGAAAAUGUGUUGAUUGUUGAAGAAGAUCAUGAACGCAGGGAUUACCGGAUAUCAAACUUGGAUGGGAAAUCUUGCCCCUGGUCGUGCAAAACAGUUACUUCAUGGUCAGAGCCCAACACCGGAAACAGACAUCAUCAAUUCGAUGACUUUCGAGAUCCUGACGAGAAUACUAAGAAAAAUAGUGAGAAUCACGAUAUAGAAAAAUUGGAUUUGAACGUCGAAGUCAAGCUCCUCAUCAAGCGUUUGCUAAAUCCGCUUCCUCAGUCGAGGCCAACCAUAUCAGACGUGCUUAUUGAUCCAGCUUUUUGGAGUCCAAGCAAGAGGAUGGACUUUUUAUCUGAAUUCUUCGCUACUGUACUGAAGCUAAGGAGAGAUGAUCCACAAAGCAUGGUUCUUACAAUAUUAUCUAACAAGAAGCACAAUUUCUUUGAUGUAACGUGGACAGAGGGUUGGAAAUCCGGCAUAGAGGAUCGUUAUUUGGCUAUCCUAGCAGAUGCAAAUGUGCACUAUAACUUUCAGUCUGCCGAGCACUUAUUGCGAAUGGUGAGGAACGUGUGGGCUCACAGGCAGGAAGUUUCAACAGACCUGGAGGCGCGGUCCGGCGAGAGUUUAGAGACAUUCUUCACCAAAAGAUUCCCCAAUCUCUUGAUGGAGUCAUACCAAGUGGCUUUCAAAUACUUACAAAGAAAUCGAUACCUUGGGAAGUUCUUUACAAGGGACAAGCGUUGA